AGGGUGACAGCACGAGAGCUUGUCGCGCUCUGACGCGGAAUGUGCAUGAUCACGGCGCUUACUCGCCCGAGGCCUGGGGAAUGGCAGCCACGUACAUACGGAGGUCACUGAAGUCUCAUCCUAGUCUACCCAUGGCCAUGUAUAAGAAUGCAUGGGAUGUGAUGAGAGUCUCCAGUUAUCCAGCGACCGAUGUGGCCGAGUUGCUCUCUGUGUACUCCAGUGCGCUCACACUGUCAGGCACCACUCCAGGGCCUCAGAGCAUACACGUGGCCCAUCGCAAAGCCCAGGCCGCCGUGUUCAGGGAUCCAACAUCGCUCAAUGCCUGGGCGGCGCUCGCAGGCGGUCUGUUGCACACAGCCCUGUCGAGUGCGUGUGUAGAUACGCUACGAGAGGACUCCAGUGUUCGACACGGCUACACAGUAAAGCUCAACCUGGCACUGCACUUGUGCGACUAUGUCCGCGUCCGCUCCAAAGACAUGGAGGCUGACCUCAUCGCCCGUUCUGCGAACGCACCGGCCGUACAAAUCCGCACACAGGCAGCCCAACUCAUCGCCACCACGCGAUGGGCCUCAUUGGCUAUGUGCGAGUGUCUCUUACUCCUCGGUGAGGCUGAGACGAGCCCAACAUCUCACACAGAGGACAAGGAUACACCAACGGAUGCGAAGGAACCCAACGCGUACCUUGAUAUGGCUAUGGGCCUGGCAGUCGAAAGUCUCAACGGCUACCAGGCAGAUGAUACCGGCCGCGUAGUGUGGCUGCAUUUGUUGGCGAGGCUGCAUGCGAUAAGGUGUAAAACUGGCGAUGUAGAACUCGCCAUACGGCACCUCCGAACAGCCAUAUCAGCCUCAGUCGAGCCCAGCGCGCUGUGGUUGUCGCUGGGUGAUCUCUUGAGUAGUGUAGGUAAAACACAGGGCUCGCGCCUGUGCAUGCAACAGGCUGCGGCCGCGGCUGAGAGUGUGGGCCUGGGUAGUACGAUGCAAUUGGUCUCCCUUAUUCGAUUGACGUGGUUGAAUCUCUUGACUGGGCAUACGACCGAAGCCGAAGAGAGUCUUCGUCAAGCCUCUGAUCUAGACGCACACGCCGUGCCACUGACGUUCUUCAAGGGCGUGUUGAGUGUGAUGAAAAAGGACAAUCGACAAGCCAGACGAGCUUUCACGAAACUAUUGAGCACAUCGGAGACACAGUCCGACUGGCACGGUUUAGCGAUUAGUCUCAAUGACAUGUACGGCAAACAGGCAUAAACAACAGCAAUCAUCAAUUACUUUGUAUACCUUUUUUAGUCCCACAGCCUGUGCCUGGGGGGAUGAUUUGUCCACUCUUUGUUAAUAUGCCAAUUGCUUUGCAUAUAAGGUAGCUUGUUUCAAACCUAUAAAGCAAUACACUGUUA